GGGGAAGCGGAAGAGCCGGGAAAAUGGCGGCGGGGAGCGCUGAGGGGAUGGAGGCUGCUCCGGGGAUGGAGGCUGCUCCGGGGUUGGAGGCUGCUCCGGGGUUGGAGGCUGCUCCGGGGAGGUGCCGGACCCCGCUGCCAGCCUGCUGGGGGCUGCUCCGGGCGCUGCUUCUCGCCGCGCUGGCAGUGGGUUCCUGCCGGGGUAACUCUGUGGAGAGGAAGAUUUACAUCCCCCUCAACAAAACAGCUCCCUGCGUUCGGCUCCUCAAUGCCACCCACCAGAUCGGCUGCCAGUCCUCCCUCAGUGGGGACACGGGGGUGAUCCACGUGGUUGAGAAGGAGGAGGACCUGAGCUGGGUGCUUGCUGAUGGCCCACACCCCCCCUACAUGAUCCUGCUCAAUGGGGACCUUUUCAACAGAAAAGUUAUGGUGCAGCUGAAGGGAACCUCCAGAGUCUCUGGCCUUGCUGUGGCUGUUGCCAAACCCAGCCCUCCUCAGGGAUUCUCUCCUGGUUUGAAGUGUCCCAACGAUGGGUUUGGUGUUUAUUCCAAAGAUUACGGCCCUCAGUUUGCACACUGCAACCAGACAGUGUGGAACCCCCUGGGGAGUGGCCUUUCCUAUGAGGACUUUGAUUUCCCAAUAUUUCUCCUUGAAGAUGCCAACGAGACCCAAGUUAUUAAGCAGUGUUACCAAGAUCACAAUGUCCCUCGGGAUGGCUCUGGCCCUGAGUACCCUCUGUGUGCCAUGCAGCUCUUCUCCCACAUGCAUGCUGUCACCAACACUGUCACCUGCAUGAGGCGCAGCUCCCUCCAAAGCACCUUCAGCAUCAACCCAGAAGUUCUAUGUGAUCCUCUUCUUGACUACAACGUGUGGAGCACCUUGCAACCCAUCAAUUCCUCUGGAAAAGUUGAGCCUGAAAAAGAAGUUAUUAUUGUUGCUACACGAAUUGACAGCCAUUCCUUCUUUUGGAACAUUGCUCCUGGGGCAGAGAGUGCUGUCUCCUCUUUUGUGACCAACCUGGCUGCUGCUGAAGCCCUUCAUAAAGCCUCAGAUAUUCAUUUGCUGCAAAGGAACAUCAUGUUCACCUUCUUCCAAGGGGAGACCUUUGAUUACAUUGGCAGCUCACGAAUGGUGUAUGAUAUGGAGAAAGACAAGUUUCCUCUCCGACUGGACAACAUCCAUUCCUUUGUGGAGCUGAAUCAGGUGGCUCUGAGGAAUGAUUCAGUUCUCUGGAUGCACACAGACCCUGUAUCUCGGAUGAACGAAUCUGUUGAAGUGCAGGUCAGGAACUUGCUCCACAUCCUCAGGACUAGCAGCAUAGGAGCAAAGGUGACUCUGCAGGAAGCUGAGUUUUCCCAGCCUCUUCCCCCAUCCUCCUUCCAACGCUUCCUUCGGGCUCGCCACAUCCCCGGGGUGGUCCUGGCUGACCACAGCACUGCCUUCCACAACAGAUACUACCAGAGCAUGUAUGACACUCCAGAGAACAUUGGGAUGCAGUACCCCGAGGGGCUCAGCCCUGAGGAGACCUUGGAGUAUGUCACAGACACAGCCAAGUCCCUGGCAGAAGUUGCCACAGUGGUCGCCCGUGCUCUCUACCAACUUGCAGGGGGAGCCAACAGCACCUCUGUUAUUCAGGCAGAUCCAAAAACGGUCUCUCGAAUGCUGUAUGGGUUCCUGAUUAAAAUGAACAAUUCCUGGUUUCAGUCCAUCAUUAAACCAGACUUAAAAGGAAUUCUGGGUGAUGUUCCCCAACACUACGUGGCUGUUUCCAGCCCUGUGAACACCACCUACCUGGUGCAGUAUGUUCUGGCCAACCUCACUGGCACCGUGGUCAACUUCACCAAGGAAGAGUGCCUGAACCCUGAAAAAACACCCACCAGUGAACAAGAGUUUUCUUUGCAGCUGUAUGAGUAUGCCUGGGUGCAGGGUUCCUUGGACCCCAACUCCACAUCACGAGUCCCCUACUGCGUGCGCUCGACUGUUCACCUGAGUAAAGCUCUUUCUCCUGCCUUUGAGCUGAGGCAGUGGGGAUCUACAGAAUAUUCCACGUGGACAGAGAGUAGGUGGAAAGAGAUCCGUGCCAGAAUAUUUCUUGUAGCCAGCAAGGAGCUAGAGAUAAUCACCUUGGUUGUGGGCAUUGCCAUUCUGAUCUUCUCCCUCCUGGCCACAUAUUUUAUCAAUGCCAAAGCAGAUAUCCUUUUUAGCAUGCCACGGGACCCUGGGACUGUGGCUUAUUGAAGCUGCUCGUGGGGCUUGUAGCCUUUGGAUUACAGUUGUCAAAGAGAAAACUACACUGGAAUGGCCCUUUCUCUGGAUGGGGACACAAGUGAUUCUUUCCAGAGCUCCCAUGCCUGAGUUCUGGGGGACUGAACCCUAAAACUUAAGAGACUUUCCCAGAAAACUGUGCCGACCAAGCCCUAAAAACCUGUGAGAAGUUCCCCAAACUUUUCUUUGAUGAUUUGUCCUUCUGAGCAACUUGAGGAGGCUUGGUCCUGAGUGCCACCAAGACCACAAGGUGAUGGAUGUGUUCAUGAAAUGAAGGGUGAAGGUAUUUCCUCUGGGCUGUGUGUGGACCAGCAGAUUCCUGUGCUGACAGCACAGGUUGCCUGUGAAUGUCAAGCAGUUGCUGUGAAUCAGUGUAUGCAGGGAGGACAAGGUGUGUUUAAGAGAUGAUUAGAUGUAAAAUGUCCUUUUUUUUUUUUUUUUUUUUUUAAUGGUGCAAUAUUUUCUGGGGGUUGUAUAUAUAUAAAUAGUUCCA